GGCUUUAGGACCCAGGGGUUGCCGAGUGGAGGAGGCUGAAUCCCCUCCCGCUGUCAUCCUCCUGCCUCUGCAGCUUUAUUCCUACAGCCUUCAAUGGUGACGGACUCCCUCCCACCCGGGCUGCCAGCCGGAGCCACAAGGCCUCGCUAGGAGCGGAUCCCUGCGGCUCCAUGGCAUCUCCCAGGACCAUCACCAUCGUCGCCCUCUCGGUGGCCCUGGGGCUCUUCUUCGUCUUUAUGGGGACGAUCAAGCUGACGCCCCGGCUCAGCAGGGAUGCCUACAAUGAGAUGAAACGAGCAUACAAAAGCUACGUGCGGGCCCUGCCCAUGCUCAAGAAGAUGGGAGUCAGCUCCAUCCUGCUCCGCAAGAGCAUCGGCGCCCUGGAAGUGGCGUGCGGCAUUGUCAUGACACUGGUGCCCGGUCGCCCCAAGGACGUGGCCAACUUCCUGCUCCUGCUCCUGGUGCUGGCCGUGCUCUUCUUCCACCAGCUGGUGGGGGACCCCCUGAAGCGCUAUGCCCACGCCCUGGUGUUUGGGAUCCUGCUCACCUGCCGCCUGCUGAUCGCCCGGCAGCCCGAGGAGCUGCCGCCCGACAAGAGGAUGCUGUCGGUGAACGGCGAUGAGCAGCCACUCAUCCAUGAAGCAGCUCCCGAGAAAGGCAAAGUGAAGGUAUCCUAGCUGAGUGCAUGUGAGGAAACACGGACCCUCGAGGCAGCUCUCUCCAAACUCACCCAGAAAAUUUGGUUUUUAUUUACCUACUUGCUUUUUUUUUUUUUUUUUUUUUUUUUUGUCUGUCUGUCUAAAUAAAGUUGCGCUUGGGGUCUGAGAGAUACAAGGUAUGUCUACACUGUAGUCUUGCUUUUGCUGCUGCCCUGUAAUGUAGAAAAACACAAGCUUAGCUUCCACAGGGACAGCUUGAAGGCAGUCAGCAACCCGGCUGGAGCAGUGCUGGCCUCAGCAGGAGCUGCAAACCAUCCUGAGACCCCUCAUCUGGGCAGGCACUCAGGCCACCCUGGCACUGCUGCAGUGGGCACAUGGUCCUGAGCAGCAGCAGAGCUGGCCUGGUGCUGCUGCUGCCCGGAGCAGAGGGUGGGCAGGCCAUGAGCAGUGUCCCUGUGCUGCCCCACACACACAUCUGCACUUCCCUUUCCAUGGUUAAGGGGUAAAAGGGACCCUGUUACCAAAAAAGUGCUGUUUGCUGUGUUGGAGAGAGGGGUUCCUUGGGCUUUGCUGCCUCUGUGCCCAGUCCUUUCUAUGGAAUGCUUAUCCAGAGAAAACAUGGGAUGCUCUGUUUACAUCUUCUUUGAUUUCUGUGCAGAGGCUCCAAAACUGGGACAAUGGCCUGAUAACAGUAGGGGUUUUUUUGCCUGCUUCACACAAGGCAGUGGCAUCUCUUUACCCUUCUUGGCAGAGAAGAUGGGAUGGGGAGGAGAACUGCCCAAAGAACUCCAAAGUAUCUCUCUGAUGUUGGCAAGUAGCAUUGUGCUCCCCAGUUCCUUGCAAGUUCCUUUCCCCCCCGCCCCCACAGCUACUGUGACUUUAUAGAAUUGCUGUUUAUUUCUGAUAGAUGUGGGUCUGAACAAUUGCAGUACCUCACUGCUCAUCCCACAUACAGCCUCAGUGAGCUGGGAUAAGUCCUGUUACAGAGCCUGAAUCCCUGUGUUGUAUCUGAAAUCUUAGAGUGUCAUACGGAGCAUGUGUUACCUCUGUAAUUUGUCUGGUUUUCUUAAUGUUUGUCUGUUCUCAGUUUUUUUUUUCUUUCUUUCUUUUUUUUUUUUUUUUUUUAAUUUAGUCACAAAAAUAAACUUUUUGAAAUUUGGAGAAAAA